AUGCCUGAAAGCGCGACUGCUGCUAAGCUGAUCGUACAAGGAUUUUCUUUCCAUGGACAUGAAAUGAAAGCAUUUCUUGCGCAGAGAGUUAUUCUUCGGCCAUCUUCGUCAUUACUCUCUCCACCUCCUCUUGAGAAGCAAUUCCUCAUCUCACCUCCGUGUUCUCACCAGUGCUGCGUCUCAAAACAAAAGUUCGUAUUUUGA